AUGUCAGCCCUCGUCCGCCACCAGGACCUCCCGGCCGCUCUCGUACCGGAUCGCGCGGUCCAAGCUAUUGCGGCAGACGCAAACCUCCCAGUCUGUGCGACUUGUGGGACGCAGUAUAGUGACAAGCCGAAGGGCAUCUGCCCAUGCUGCGAGGACGACCGCCAGUGGUACCCAGUGACAGGCCAGGAAUGGACAACCCUCGGCGAGUUAGCCAGCACCCGCACCCACUCCCUCCAAGUCGACACUGAGGACGAGCGAAUCGCCUUCAUCGAGUGCUCGCCCCCCUUUGCCAUCAACCAGACGCCAAUCCUCCUCAACACCCACGCAGGGCACUACGUAUGGGACUGUCACGCUCCCUUCACCCCGGGCCUGGCGGGAUACCUAUCCUCACUCCAGCCGGCUCUCCAGGCCAUUGCCAUCUCGCAUCCCCACUUCUUCUCCACGUCGCUUGUGUGGGCGCGCGCCCUCGGCGUACCGCUGUACAUCUGCGAGACGGACAAGGAAUGGUACCAGCGCCACGGGGACAUCCAGGCUACUGACGACGUUCGUUUCUGGACUGGGCGCGAGACGCUCGGUCCGGGCGUCACGGUCGUACAAUGUGGCGGCCACUUCCCCGGUUCGAGCAUCCUGCAUUGGGACCGCGGGGCCGAGCCCGGCGACGGUCCAAAGACAGGCCUCAUCCUCGUCGCUGACACCAUGAUGGUGCGCCUCGACCGCCGCGGCUUCACUUUCAUGUGGAGCUACCCGAACAUGAUCCCACUCCGCCCUGCUGACGCUGUCAACGUCGUGGCCGCCAUCGAUGACCUCGAGUACGGCGCAGCAAGCAGUACGUGGCCGAACCGCAUGAUCCGCCGCGACGCCAAGCUCUUCGCGCACCGCAGCAUCGAGCGGUACCUCGACGCCACGGGAUGGGAGCUGGAAGGCGGCCAGCUUGGCGGAAAGCUUCAGCCCAAGGCUCGGGCGUGA